UACUUCUAGUAGCUUCCGUCCAUAGUUCAUGAUCGCAAUAGGCGCAAAAGUCAUUUUUGGUUAUUCAUGUAGAAAAGAUGGUGGUGACGGCAGCUUCUGUACGUCAACAGCUCACGAAUUUACUGUAUUCCGGGGGCUCUCAUAAAGAUCAAGCGGAGAAGUAUCGAGCGAUUUUGGACUCAAUACUGUUAUCGUCCAGCGAAGAGGCGAUGGAUGCUUUGAAGAUAUUCAUUGAAGCAAUUGUACAUGAAUAUGUAAGUUUGGUCAUCUCAAGACAAGUUUUAACGGAUGUCAGUAAUCGAUUAUUACUUUUACCUGAUGAAGUGUCAAUGGCUAUUUCGCAUUAUACAUUAGACAAGAUGCAACCAAGAGUAAUCUCAUUUGAAGAACAAGUUGCUAGUAUAAGACAACACUUGGCUAAAAUUUAUGAACGUAAUCAAAAUUGGAGAGAAGCAGCUAAUGUUUUAGUUGGGAUACCACUAGAAACAGGACAAAAGCACUAUACAGUUGACUACAAACUUGAAACUUAUCUUAAAAUUGCACGAUUGUACUUAGAAGACGAUGAUCCAGUGCAGGCCGAAGCAUUCAUCAAUAGGGCAUCUCUUUUACAAGCUGAGUCGAAAAAUGAACAGUUACAAAUAUACUAUAAAGUUUGUUAUGCUAGAGUAUUAGAUUAUAGAAGAAAGUUUAUAGAAGCAGCACAAAGAUACAAUGAAUUAUCAUACAGAUCUAUUAUACAUGAAGAUGAACGUAUGACUGCACUUAGGAAUGCAUUAAUUUGUACAGUAUUAGCUUCUGCAGGUCAACAAAGAAGUCGUAUGUUAGCUACAUUAUUUAAAGACGAGCGUUGUCAACAACUUCCCGCUUACUCAAUUCUUGAAAAAAUGUAUUUGGAUCGCAUUAUUCGGCGUUCCGAGUUGCAAGAAUUUGAAGCCUUAUUACAACCUCAUCAGAAAGCAAGUACAAUUGAUGGAUUAGGAUCCACUAUUCUUGACCGUGCCGUUAUAGAACAUAACUUAUUAUCUGCUAGUAAAUUAUACAAUAACAUAACUUUCGAAGAAUUGGGUGCUUUGUUAGAAAUUCCACCAACGAAAGCAGAAAAAAUUGCUAGCCAAAUGAUUACAGAAGGUCGAAUGAAUGGGUAUAUCGAUCAAAUUGAUUCCAUUGUACAUUUUGAAACACGCGAAACUUUACCAACGUGGGAUAAACAAAUACAAUCACUUUGCUAUCAAGUAAACCAAAUAAUAGAAAAAAUUGCUCAAACUGAACCAGAAUGGAUAGCAAAAGCAAUGGAAGAUCAGAUGGAUACUGGAAAUGUAAAGGGGAAGGACUUGAAUGGAAUUACAAGAAAUCACAUAAGGACAACAAUAUAAUAACUAUUAGAUAUCUGAACAAUAUUUAACUUUUCAAGUUCAAUACUAAAAAAAGAAAUGAUACAAUAUUACAUAAUAAUAAAAAUAAUAUAAAUAUAUGCCAUAAACUAAAAGUA